AUGGGUUCCUCGGGAUCGAAAUCAGAAAGAAACAAGGUUUUUUUGAGCGAAAAUUCGUUGUCAUCCUCCGGAGAGAAUUUGGCACCCCCCGACGGCGAAGGCAACCCAUUUCGUUACAUUCAAGGUCGAAGAUUUCACAACGUAUCGAGUAUCGUUUAUGAUUUGCCAAAUGAUAAUGACGAAGGUGCAUGGGCAUUAGAGAUGGCCACCAAUUAUGCAAACUCGAAAUUUAUAGGUUUGGAUAUUUCCCCCAUCUUUCCCGUAAAGAUUAAACCACAAAACAUGACAUUUCAGAAAUCAAACAUCCUCGAGGGCAUCAAUUACAGGUACAGCGAUGGAUCAUCCGCAGCGUACUAG